AUGAGCCGACGGAUCGACCCCCGACGACCCAAAGAGCUGACCGAGGCGCAGAGUGCAAGUAUCCGCCAGGAGGAAGAAAUCCAGGAGCUUCGCGGCCGCCGAGAUGAGCUGUUCCAGCGCAUUCGACACCAAUUCACGUUCAUCUACCGUGCAGAGGGACACGCCAUUUACGAUCAGUAUGAGGAGGCCAAACGAGCUGUGGAUCGAAAGAUCAAAGCGCGAGAGCGGGAACUCAUGAAGCAGAUCCAAAAAGAAUACGACGCCAUCGCUCCCGUGCAAGACAUGCGAGCGCAGCUCGAGGGAGAUGUGGAGUUGCUCAGUCUCAUUCUUCCCGCCUCAGGGCCUGAUGAAUUCGCGUUUGUGGAACGAUCACGCAUUGCGAAGGCCUUUUUCGAUCCACCGUCGACACGUGGCCCCGAGGGCGAUGUGGAUUGCCGGGUCUCCAUUGUCGAUGAUAUGGUGUCGCUCUGUAUCCGGCAGGAGGGAGUGUUCCGCAAAGCCCGCCGAAUAAGGAGAAUACAGGGGAGAAAAAGCCAUCCACGAGAUGCUGAUACAGAAUGCACGUCGAACGCCGUCAAGUCUGAGUCCACGUCCGAGUCGGAUUUUCCGGGCCCCCACCUCUUUCCUGCGAGAUGCAAACCCUACCAGUGCCUUUACUGUCUGGGCGAUGCCAAUCUACCUUUGGAGGAGCGACUCCACAACCUUGGCAGUAAAUAUUCUUUGCAGCGGCACUUCGACCGGCGUCACCCUUUUCCGCCAGGCGAACCUUGCCCUUUUCCCCAUUCUGUAUGUUCAGCAGUCACGCUCAACAGCGUGAUGCAUUUCAAGAACCAUGCGGCGAAGGUUCACGGGAUCUAUAUGUCUGAUAAGGUUUAG